CGCCUAACGUCACUGGUGCGCGCCCGCGGGUCGGGGCGCGAUGGCGGCGCUGGGCGGGGACGGGCUUCGCCUACUGUCGGUGCCGCGGCCCGAGCGGCAGCCCGAGUCCGCGGCGCUGGGCGGCCCGGACCCCGGGCUGUGCUGCUGGGUGUCGGUGUUCUCCUGCCUCAGCCUCGCCUGCUCCUACGUGGGUAGCCUCUACGUCUGGAAGAGCGAGCUGCCCAGGGACCACCCUGCUGUCAUCAAGCGGCGCUUCACCAGUGUCCUGGUGGUCUCCAGCCUGUCGCCUCUCUGCGUGCUGCUCUGGAGGGAACUCACUGGCAUCCAGCCAGGCACACCCCUGCUCACCCUAUUGGGCUUCAGGCUGGAGGGCAUUUUCCCAGCAGCUCUGCUACCCCUGCUGCUGACCAUGAUCCUUUUCCUGGGUCCACUGAUGCAGCUCUCUAUGGAUUGCCCGUGUGACCUGGCAGAUGGGCUGAAGGUUGUCCUGGCCCCUCGUUCCUGGGCCCGCUGCCUCACAGACAUGCGUUGGCUACGAAACCAAGUUAUUGCACCCUUGACAGAGGAGCUGGUGUUCCGGGCUUGUAUGUUGCCCAUGUUAGCACCAUGUACAGGUCUGGGCCCUGCUGUGUUCACCUGCCCACUCUUUUUUGGAGUUGCCCACUUUCACCACAUUAUUGAGCAGCUGCGCUUCCGCCAGAGCAGUGUGGGGAGUAUCUUCUUGUCUGCAGGGUGGGCAUGCAGGUGUGGUCACUCACAGCCUCCUGUCUCCAGCGUUCCAGUUCUCCUACACAGCUGUCUUCGGUGUCUACACUGCUUUCCUUUUUGUCCGCACAGGACACCUGAUUGGGCCGGUUCUCUGCCAUUCCUUCUGCAAUUACAUGGGCUUCCCUGCCGUAUGCGCAGCCCUGGAGCAUCCACAGAGGUGGCCGCUGCUGGCAGGCUAUGCCCUGGGUGUGGGACUCUUCCUGCUUCUGCUGCAGCCCCUGACGGACCCCAAGCUCUACGGCAGCCUUCCCCUUUGUGUGCUUUUGGAGCGAACAGGGGACUCAGAGGCCCUGUUGUGCUCCUGACCUUCACUCCUGUGUACACUCUAGUGAACUCUCAUGGGCUCCCCAGCCCCUCCCCAUCAAGGAAUACUACAAGGGAGGGGCUUGCUGGGGUCCCCGAGAUCUCAGGAAUUUUUGUAGGGGAUCGAAGCCAGACCUAGUUGAAUCCCAGGGACCAAGGAAAGGAGCAGAUCUCCAAAGGGUGUAGCCCUUGCAAAAGGAGUUGAGGAGCAGCUGCAAGUGAGGGGACAAGGCAAAUCCCAGGGGCUGUGCACUCCCUCACUUUUGACUGCUACUUCUCUUAGCUCUCUGCCCCCCUCUGCCUCUGAAAAGCUGCUCAGGGUGGGUUUAUUUAUAAAAGCCCUCCCCCAAAACCUCCCAGGGUUUUCUCAUUGUCUUUUUGCAUCAAGACUUUGUAUUGGGAUAUUAAAGAGAUUUAACUUGGGUA